ACAUGCAGUGUGAGUUAAUCGAUGUCAGAGCGAUUGUUGUCAAUGACAGGCUCAAGCAGGAUCUAAAGUCAUGGCGUUAAUCAGUAGAAGUUGCGGCGCUGCGGUUCGAUAUUCGUCUAAUCCUUUGUUUUUGCCAUCAAAAUGCUUUGAGGGGUCUAAUGUUUACUGUAGCAGACUGACCACUGCUGCCAACACAUCCUCAACACUCACUGAGAGGAAGAGAGACAUGAAAGACGACGGCCUGAACCUGCAGGACUUCAUAUCUGGAGAGCUGUCCGAAAAGAGCAAGUGGGAGGAAUACAGAGGCAGCCUGAAGAGACAGAAGGGAGAAAGGCUAAGGUUACCACCAUGGCUGAAAACAGAGAUUCCUAUAGGAAAGAACUACAACAAGCUGAAGAACACGCUCAGAGAACUGAACCUGCACACAGUCUGCGAGGAGGCCCGGUGUCCCAAUAUCGGGGAAUGCUGGGGGGGAGGAGAGUAUGCCACUGCCACAGCCACCAUCAUGCUGAUGGGGGACACAUGCACACGUGGCUGUCGGUUUUGUUCAGUUAAAACAGCGAGACGCCCUCCACCCCUGGACCCCGAGGAGCCAUAUAACACAGCUAAAGCCAUCGCAGCAUGGGGUCUGGACUAUGUUGUACUCACAUCAGUGGACAGAGAUGACAUUCCUGAUGGUGGGGCUGAACACUUUGCACAGACUGUAUCCAACCUGAAAGAAAGGACCCCUAAAAUCCUGGUGGAGUGUUUGACUCCUGAUUUUCGGGGCGAUCUGACAGCGGUGGAGAAAAUUGCUUUGUCUGGGCUUGAUGUUUAUGCUCACAAUGUAGAGACUGUCAGAGAUUUACAGAGGCAUGUGCGUGACCCCCGUGCAAACUUCGACCAAUCACUGAGUGUUUUACGACAUGCUAAAAAGGUGAAACCCAGUGUGCUCACGAAGACGUCCAUCAUGUUAGGGCUCGGAGAGACAGAUGCUCAGAUACACGCAGCUCUGAAAGAAUUGAGGGACUCUGGAGUGGACUGUCUAACACUGGGGCAGUACAUGCAGCCAACCAAACGCCAUCUAAAGGUGGAAGAGUAUGUUACUCCUGAAAAGUUUGCUUACUGGGAGCAGGUUGGCCAGGAGAUGGGCUUCGUCUACACAGCCAGUGGGCCACUUGUGCGCUCAUCUUACAAAGCAGGGGAAUUCUUUUUGAAGAAUCUGCUGGAAAAGCGGAGGACUGAAGAAGCUACAGUGGCAGCGGAGUAAAGCUAGUAGUAUUAUUAAUAACAUGGUUCAUACAAAAAUUCUGUAAUAACUUACUCUUCCUCAUUUUAUUUUUAAUUAUAACAUUAUAUAUUAUGCCAGAAUUUUCAUUUUUUAGUGAAGUGUCCCCGUAAGUAUGCAUAAUUCAAAAUUAUGUUGCGGUAACUUGUAAUAUCGUUUUACAAAUGGAUCAAAGAUCUGUACACUGUGCAUGAUUUAAGUAAUAUCAAUAAAAUAUAUUCAGUUCAAACUUGUCAAAGA